UGCAAAGUUUAGAGAAUUGCAAAUAAUGCACGAGUAUAAAAGACGCGGCAACAGUCGAGGGAUCAUUCAAGUCGUCGACAAGAAAACAACCAACAUGAACCGCCUGGUACUCCUGUUCGCGCUGGUCGCCGUCGCCCAUGCCGCACCUAAAUGGAAUUUGCUUGAUAUAGCGUUGGAGACUCCCGUAGCAGACUUAGGAGCUAACGUAGGCGAGGAUGGAGUCGGAUUAAGCUUGGUUCCAAACAAAAAAGUUCAAUCCGGUUUAGGCAGCCUCAUAAAAGGCUUUGGCAAUGUCGUCGGCAAGGGAGCGGAGGCAGUCGGUAACAUCGGUGAAGGCGUCGCCAAAGGUGUAGCUAAUGUCGUCGACAAGGGAGCUGAGGCAGUCAAUAACAUCGGUAACGGCCUCGCCAACGGUGUAGCUAAUGUCGUCGAUGGAACUGGAGCCUUGGUAAAAGAAGUGGGCAAUGGCAUCGGCAGUGGACUGGGAAGCUUAGCUGACGGGUUACGUAACGACCGUGAAGAAAUGAAAGUUGAUGGUGAGAAUGCCAACUCCAACGCUCAGGAAGUCGCUGAAGAAGUCUCAACAAAUUUGGUUCCACCCACUGAAUCCAACUUGAACAAACCCAUCAGUGACUUAGGCAAUGAUGGAAACUCAGACUCCAACGCUCAGGAAGUCGCUGCUGAAGUCUCAACAAGUUUAGUUCCACCCACUGAAUCCAACUUGAACCAACCCAUCAAUGACCUAGGCAAUGACGGAAACUCAAACUCCAACGUACAGGGAAUCGAAGAUGAUCUGUCAGUAAGCUUGAUUCCAGUAGAAAAUGGUGCCGCCGGCGGCAUAGGCGACCUAAGCAACCCCUGAAGUCACCAUUGAUGGUAACGUCAGAAUGUAAGUUAAGGUGUUAACAUCAGAGCGUAAAUGUUUACUGUUUACAUUGUUAAAUUCAUUUUUUGUUUUACUUUUUGAAAUAGAUUUUUGAAGCAUUUA